AUGGAAACUUCGAACUACUACUCCACCUCACCUUACUCAUCGAGUUCCAGCUCUGAAACUAAAGAGAGCCGUAUGAACACACCUAUACCAUUUACAUUUAUUGAAGAAAAUGUGAGUUCAUCAACACAUUAUCUUUUCAUGCAACAAGACAAUAAUAUGCAUUGGAUGACGUCACAGGGAACGUUUUGGAACGGAGGAGGUUCUCAUCCCAGCACCGAGUACCAGUUCGCACAACACGAGGCCGUCCAGCCAGCAAAUCAGGCUCGUCUACCUGGUAUCUCGAACUUCAUGAAGGACUCUCAACUUUCCGUAAAACCGGCUACAUAUUACACCGCAGGUAGUCCGACAAUGAACGACUACCGUGUCGAGAAGGUUGCCACCUCACUGCUCGACCCCUACGUCCAACUCGACCAACCCACCUAUGCAGACUUCACUAAUGCGCAAGUACUCAGUCACCAACAAGAAAUGCUACAAAUGAACUUCUCCGCUCCAUUAUCCGCCAGCUAUAUGAAUACCGCUCAAGUUGCACAAACACAACAUGUGCCUUUCAACAUUUUUGAGUUGAAUCUAACUAAUUUCGCCAAUUUCCAACCAACCGAGACUCCUAUCUCAGUCAUCAACACCUCUCCAACCCACCCAUACACAACGAUGCCCACGUUCACACCACCACCACAAGACCCACUAGUCGCCGAGCCGAAGCCGAUAAAAAAGAGAAUGGCAGCGGUACAAUGUCACCAGAAUUCCAUUUGCUCCAACUGUAAAACCCGCGAGACAACGUUAUGGCGACGAAAUGGGGAAGGUGGUGUCGAGUGCAAUGCGUGUAAUUUGUACUUCCGAAAGAACAAUAGGAAACGACCAUUGUCACUAAGGAAAGAUGGAAUUAUGAAGAGAAAUCGCCGUCCUAGAAAUGAAUCCCCUGGAGCAGUGAUGAGAGCCCAUCAAAGAGCUCAUGGACACACAGCGGCUUGCUGA